CCAGCAGCAGCCAGCAGCGCACUCACCAGCCGCGAUCCAACGCUGCACCAUGGCCUUCAGAGCACUGUUGGUGCUCCUGCUCGCGUCGGUAGUCCUGCACGAGGGAGACGCCGGAGGAUUCGGCGGGGGCGGAGGAGGCGGCUAUGGCGGCGGCGGCUACGGAGGAGGAGGGGGCGGAAAGAAGUACAUUCUUCACGUUCCCAUCAAAGUGAAGACGAUACAUAAAUACAACACUGUCUACAAGCACAUCAAGAAAGGCAGCGGCGACUACGUCGUUGGUUACACUAUAGAGGAUGGUCAUCAUGGAGGUGGAGGAUAUGGAGGAGGCGGAUACGGAGGAGGUGGAGGAUAUGGAGGAGGCGGAGGAUUCGGAGGUGGCCACGGAGGAGGAAUAGCCAUAGUGGGUGGAAUAGGGGGCGGUCAUGGCGGAGGCGGCGGCUACGGAGGCGGCGGCUACGGAGGCGGCGGAUAUGGAGGCGGCGGUGGUGGCGUGAAAAUCGCCAUCGUCGGAGGAAUAGGCGGAGGCCACGGUGGCGGAGGAUACGGAGGUGGCGGAGGAUACGGAGGCGGCCACGACGUAGGAGGCGGCUACGGAGGAGGCGGCGGCGGAUUCAGCAGUCACGGAGGAGACAUCGGGGGUGGAUACGGUGGAGGCGGUGGCGGCGGCUUCAGCAGCCACGGAGGCGACAUCGGAGGCGGAUAUGGAGAUGGUGGCGGUUUCAGCAGCCACGGUGGAGACAUCGGAGGAGGUUACGGCGGAGGCGACAUCGGAGGUGGAUACGGAGGCGGCGGUGGUUACGGCGGAGGUGGCGGCUUCAGCAGCCACGGAGGAGACAUCGGAGGUGGUUAUGGAGGCGGUCACCACGGCCACCACAAGAAGUGAGGCCCCAGUUUUCUGCAGUGACGUCGCGCUGCAGUCUUCUCUCUCUCAGGGUGCGCCGGGCUGUGCGCCCAAAUUGCGGUCCUCGCAGGAACCGCUCCGAGCCAGUAACCACGGCUAUCAGCCAGUAACCACGGCUACCAGCCGUAACCAAGGCCACGAAGGCGAGGAAGGAAUCGCUGUGGCCACUUCCUAGUCCCGGCAGCAGAAGCUGCCACUUC